AUGAACAUCGGCACAAUCGGUCACGUUGACCACGGAAAGACAACAUUGACUGCCGCUAUUACCAAGGUCCUUCACGAUAAUUCUGGCCAUGGCAAGUUUAUCGACUACGCAUCGAUUGACAAGGCGCCGGAAGAAAAGGCGCGCGGUAUUACCAUUUCUACUGCGCACGUUGAGUACGAGACUUCUGAGCGCCACUAUGCGCACGUAGACUGCCCGGGUCACGCUGACUAUAUCCGUAACAUGAUCACGGGCGCUGCGCAAAUGGACGGUGCGAUUAUUGUUGUCUCAGCGACGGACGGCCAGAUGCCGCAGACGCGUGAGCACUUGUUGCUUGCGCGCCAGGUCGGUAUCAAGAAGCUUGUCGUGUUUGUGAACAAGGUUGACCAGGUCGAUGACAAGGAAAUGCUCGAGCUCGUAGAGAUGGAAAUGCGCGAACUGCUUUCUACGUACGGCUUUGACGGUGACAACACUCCGAUCGUGAUGGGCUCUGCGCUUGCUGCGCUUGAGGGUCGUGACGAAGAGACCGGUUCCAAGGCUAUCCAGAAGCUUAUGCAGGAGACGGAUAGCUGGCUUGAGCUGCCGCCCCGCGACUUGGACAAGCCGUUCUUGAUGCCUGUAGAGGAUGUCUUCUCAAUUUCCGGUCGUGGUACUGUGGUUACCGGCCGUGUUGAACGUGGUACGAUUACCAAGGGCUCUGAAGUGGCCAUCAUUGGUCUUGGCAGCACUCUCAAGACGACGCUCACCGGCAUUGAAAUGUUCCACAAGGAGCUCGACCGCGGCGAAGCGGGCGAUAACAUGGGAGCACUUCUUCGUGGUGUCAAGCGCGAGCAAAUUCGCCGCGGUCAGGUCAUGAUUGUGCCUGGCUCGGUCAAGCCUGUGAAGAAGUUUUUCGCGCAGUGCUACAUUCUGACCAAGGAAGAGGGCGGCCGCUACACGCCUUUCAUGAACAACUACCGUCCCCAGAUGUUUAUCCGCACUUCGGACGUGACCGUCUCCUUGACGCACCCACCGGGCACGGAGAACGCCGAGGAAGCGAUGGUCAUGCCUGGCGACAAUGUGGAGCUUCAGUGCGAGCUUGUGCACGAUAUUGCGCUCGAGGAGGGCUCGCGUUUCACGCUUCGUGAGGGUGGCAAGACUAACGAUGUGGUGACUCGUGAGUACACCAUCAACCUUCACAAGCGUGUCCACGACACUGCGUUCAAGAAGCGCGCACCUAAGGGCGUGAAGCAGGUCGUGCUUUUUGCGCAGAAGACGAUGGGCACCAAGGAUGUCCGUGUCGACCCGAAACUCAACCAGGAGAUCUGGAAGAUGGGUGUGAAGGAUGUGCCCCGCCGUGUCCGUGUUCGUCUGGAGCGCAAGCGUAACGACGAUGAGGAUGCGAAGGAGAAGCUUUACACGUAUGCUACGCCUGUUCUCGGCAUCACCAACUUCCACGGCCUCAACACGGUCGUGAUUGAGCAGGACGAGUAA